AUGACAAGUGCUAGUACCAGCUCUACAAUGAUCACCCAGUCAUCCUUCGUUCACCACUAUAAUUUCCAUCAGCACAGCACAAAAUUAUUGGCCGCCCCUCUGUCAAAGCCCCACGAAGGGCCAGCAUCUAAAUAUACCUAUCGACCAUGUCCUAUCUGCUCAGAGCGUCUUCUUGUUCGUAUAUACGGUGCAUUUGUACACAAAUGGAUCAACCUCCACUUUGCCACACACCACCAUGAAUUCAUGCACAUUGUAGUCAACCUACAUUAA